AUGGCGGGCCUGCUGACUUCAACGGCGCAGACGCCUUUUAGCGAAGAAGGCGGUCGCACCGCUUCCUUUUGCAACACAAACUCAAAAAAGUCUACGACCAACUUUUUUUGUUGUUGCCCUGAACAGCGAUGGCGGCGCUGUAGCUACCAGACGCCGGUAAAGAAACCGCGCGCCUAUUGGUUGGGACCAUUAACAAGACGCAUGGCCAUUGGGUGGGCUGCAUGUGGAGACGGCUCGGGUACUGUCCAGCGGCUGCUUGGAGAAGGGCGAGGGGAGGAGGAAGAGGGCGAGCUGGUGAGUUGGAGAGAGGAGGCGGUAAAGGCGGGGUCGAGCGUGCGGAGUAGUUUUAUUUAUUUUAUUUUUUUCAAAUUGAGAUGCGGGUGCUUAUCAGUUUGUUUGCCUGAGGCAGGCGAGAAGCCCGAGGAAGGGAGGGCGGCGGCGGCGGAGGUGAGACCUGGAUGGGGCGGGCGAGGGGGGCGCCGCUCCCGGGUGGGGUGGCCGGCCGGUGUCGGGUCGGGCGCGCCUGGCGGAUUGCGGGGCGAAGGAGGAGGCGGGGAGGGGGCAACUUGUGGGGAGGAUCGAGAGGGGGCGGAAGGAGCAAAAGGCCACCAUGUGGGGGGCAGAUAUUUGGGGCGGGGGGACCCCCACGAAGUUGGAUGUUUUUUGUGGAGUGGGGAGGAGAAGGGCGGAAGGAUCUGGAGGAAGCGGCUGAGGAGUCGGAGGUGGGCACCGUCCAGCCCCACACCUCACCCGGCUGUCAGGGGUGCGCGGAGGGACUGUCCACCCGGCGCCUCCUCUGCCUGGUGCUGCCGCUCUCCCUCGGAGGAAAGAGGAGCAGCCUCCGCCUCUACUCGCCUUGCCUUUCCUCCCGCCAGGGAGCGGUGCUGAUCCUGCCUAGGGCAGAGCACCGGGCACCGGGCGCGGGGGGUGGGGGUGGGGCUGGAUGAGGAGCCGACAGGUAAUCGGAGGCAAGCUCUUCCUCCCCACACCGCCGCCUCCUCUGGAGCCGGCCCUUUUAGGUCAGUGAGGGAGGAAUCGGCGGGAGAGCUAAAGGGGACGGAUCUUGAAGCGCUGGGGAUAGUUAGGAGGCGACCCCCAAGAGAAAGAGGGGCCUGACGGUGCCCGUGCUUACCUGUGUGUGGGGUGAGCCUAGGCUGCGAAGCAGGACUUGGGGGGGGGGGAGGGAUCCUGAAUAGACGGCAGACCCCUUUCCUCCAGCAUCCUAGAAUUGCCACUGAAAUCCAGUUCUGGGAGGGAUCAUUGGGUCAGGUGCAACCCUGGGUUAUGGUUUCCCUUUUUCCACAUGCCGCACAUGCUCACCUUUUGUAUGCACCAAGGGUCCAUCGCCAGGGAUGGUGAGAGGCAGGAGCAGAUGGGAUGAUGUCUCCACUUCCGUAGGUUUUUAAUAUGCGUUUGUGUGUGUGGUUAUCAAAGGGUGUGGCAUGAGGGGAUGACAAGUGUGGCAGGCAGAGUCAAGGACAGUCAAUAUUAUAUUUUGGCAAUGAUUCAUAUUCUUAUGUAGAUGCAUUGUUUUAUACUUUCUGGAUGCCCCAUGCUCGUAUUAUUUCAUAAUUCAAAUAAUACACAAUACAAAUAAUCGAUAAUAAUAAACCAAACAGGGUAUACAGAAGCUCAAAUAAAACUAUUCUUUUGGUAUAUCCAUUUUUGCUAGUUGUUUUGGGCAUACAAAUUGCAUUGUAGUUAUUUUUCCAGUUUCUGACAUUUCUACUUCUACUCUUCCCUGGUAAAAUUUUACAAAAUCUCUGGCAAUUCUUCACAUUUGUGUUUCUUUUCCGUGUUUUAGAUGGAACAGAAUGAUUUAGUUCAAAAUUGUUUUAAUACCUCUUGUCAGUUGUUUCAAGUUAAUGUGUUUUGUAACAGAGUAGUGCUUAAUUUUCAUGAAAACAUUUUUUUGGUGCAAAAACAUUGCAAUUAAUUUAUUUUAAAUGAAUUUGCUGUAAUACAAAAAAGAGAGUCAGGUUAUUAUGGUUUAAUUCUGCAAAUACCCUUCAUUGGAGAGCCUAGACCCCUGUGAUGUUAGUAAUAUAAUUUUAAUUACCAUCUGCUAUGAUAAAAAUUGUUUGAAAAAUUAUAAGUUACAGUAGUAUUUCAGCAUUCCUCCCUCAGUUUUUACAGUUCCAUGUAUGCUUAGUAAAUUUUCCCCAUCAAACCCAAAACCCUUCUGAAGACUAUUGACUUUUAACCUUUCUACUUGUCUGAAACCCCAAUAAAACCCCUUUUGAGGGGAAAUGUUCAGUUCUCUUUGAAGUCAGUCCAGGCUGCUUUGAUGUUCAGUGCCCAUAUUCAUGGCCUCACUUGCAGGUAUCUGCCAUUUAGGCUGUCAGAUCAACAAUGCUAGCCGCUAAUGGUUUUAUUUUUGCAUCCCAUUUUGAAGCAAAUCCUCAUGCAUUUUAGCUAUGCUUUGAUUAAUUUCAGUCAGGAGGUCUUGUCCUUCUCUGGAUAGUUUUAAGGUUUUUGGAACCAAGCUGGGACCUAUAGUUUCUUUUUCAGUUAAGGUAUCCUUUACCCUCAUUCUCUGAUAGUGAAGUAGCUUUCUUUCUUGUUCAGAGCCAUGGCACUUUUGCAUUCCUUGUUAUCUUUGCUGAUCAAGUUUUGAGGAGGAUCGUUGAUUACACUGUACCUCUAUGUCCAAGGGACAGAACUCCCAUCUUUGCCUGCCAUCUUUGGCAGUGGUAUCACCCCCACCAAUCUUCUUCCAUAGUUAAGGAGACCCAGGGAAUAAUUAUGCUGCAAAACAGGAAAUUGGAUAAGUGGAUUUUUAAAACCCCCAUAAAUGCUGCUAAUACCUAAUAAAUAUUAAAAUACCGACUCCUGGGAGGAAAAUAUUUGGAUGGCAGAGAUCACAGUGUCUUUGCUGAAGGGAGCAGCUGUUCCAGGCUAGUUAGUCCAGGACUCUACUGAGAAAAUAUGGUCUGAAACAGCCUAAUAUUGCCACUGGCAGUAGCCCCAGCAAAAUCACCUACCCUCUGCUCACUUGGCUGCUUGCCUCUUAUUUGUUUCAUCUUGCCAUGACUUGGGACGCUUUUGUUGGCUUGAGUUUUAUCACCCGGCACUACUCGGCAUUUCCUACCCUUCCUCCCACAGUCUUGCUGGACCUCUUCUUGCCAGGGGUAACUUUUGAGAAUAAUCCCUAAUGAGAUGUCAAAUGUGAGGAAGGUCACAGACAAGACAAAUGUCUGAGCAAGGCUCCUGUCAUGUGCGGAAAUGUAAAUCCACUAAAAUGUUGGUCUGCCUUUAGUGUGUAUCUGUGUUGCAGAGUUGGGCAACCCAUGUCCCUGAACAUGAUGUUGGACUCCCAACUGCCAUUAGCUCUUGCCAGCAAGGGCAGUUGGUAGAGUAGGAGACUCUUAAUCUCAGGGUUGUGGGUUUGAGCCCCACGUUGGGCAAAAAGAUUCCUCCAUCACAGGAGGUUAGACUAGAUGAUGCCUAUGGUCCCUUCCAGCUACAAGUCUAUGUACUGUAGACCAACACCAGUGCAGGGCAACAUGUUCCCCCUUCCUGUUGAGCCCUUUUAAAAGCCGUGGAGUGUGUUUUCUAGCUUGGAUUUCCUUCUGCCUUGCUUGCUGUAGUACAUACCUUUGUGGUGCUUCUGUUUCUAGCCCCCACCUUUAAUUUGCUGUCCCCCAUUUGGCAAGUGCCUGCUUGGUUUUGCCCAUUUCCCUGGGUGGAGGGAUCUGCAGAAGCAACACAUUGUCUCCCACUGAAAAGUUUUCCCUUCCUACCUGAGCUUCUAGUCUUGUAGCCCUGGAGAAUCUCUGUGAAGGAAGGGCGUUUUUUUAGUUGUUGCUAAGGUGCUAUUUGCAUGGCUCCUAAUGAUUUAUAAUUACCUUCUCUGAGGGGAAACCUAAUAAGCUCUCCUGCUGGCCUCUGUGUCUUGUUCAGUACCAUUGGAGGGAUGCAUGUUUGAGCCUGCUGGUCCUUCAGAAAGGAGGGGGUGGCAUUGGUAAGAGGUUUUUAGUCAGGCUGUGUACUCCCCUGACCCACAUAGGGUUCAGUGCUUACACACGCUUAGCUGGGAGGAAGUCCUAUUGAACCCAGGGGAGAGAGGUCUACUUCUGAGUAGACAAGAAGAGGAGUGCCCUCUUAACCAUCCUUUGCUUAGUUCGGUAGUAAAUGCGAAGUUUUCUCCAGCUAGUAAAGAGAAUUGUGAUUUGUCAUCCGUGCAGAAGGUUUUGACAAUCUGGGUGUGGUGUUACACAUUCCAGGUUAAUCCGGAUUAAAGUAGCAUUUGGCUUUAAAAGGCAGAACUAUAUCUGGGGACCAUGGGAAUGCAGUCAUUUUAAUUCUGGUUUUUUCCUUUUCUGAAGCAGAGAAGUGAGGAAUGA